AGUUCCAAAUUAGAAAUACUGAUACCGAUAAUUUGUUCCAAUUGAAAAAUUCCAAUUUGGUGGAAUUUUUAUAUUUUUUUUUUCGUUCGUUUAUUCGUUCGUCUUCGUCGCAUACGUCAUUGAAACUGAAAUUUUACGGCGAAAACAGCUGUUUCGUUGUUUUUUCUCAUUCUUACCGAAUCCAUUCAUAAGAAGCGAGCAGUGGAACGAGAGCAAAAUAUCAGCACAACGAAUCAACGAGAGUUAAGAACAGUGCAGCGAGAAAGAGAGAGAUAUACACACAAAACUAAAGAAGAAGAAGAAAAAAAUCGCAUCGACGGAAAGGAAUAAGAAAUCAAUCGGAAAAUCAAGCCACAUACUUGAAAUUCAACUGUCACACAAAAGUCAAUUGAUUUGAUUUUCUGUCUCAACCAUUUUUUUUCGAUCCGUUAACAAUAUAUAGACGUUUCGUUUUCUGUAAUUCAUUGUUGUUGUCAUCAUCAGUCGCUUGAAUUUCAUCAGACAACAUAACAUCAAUGUGUUGAUUUGCCAUAGACCAAGAUAGCUGUUUUACUAGUGGCAGUCGCAUAUGGUUUAGUAACUAUUCCGAUUAUAACUGUUAUUUAUCAGUCAGUAUUGCUUUACUCUCUCUCUCUCUCUUUCUCCCGAUCUGAGCGAUACAAAUAAGCGAACACAGGAACUUACUUUGUUUCAUUCAUUCCGUCGUUUGCUUCGUCCGUUCAUACAUUCGGUUAUUAAUUUGUUGUUUGCCUCUUAUACACGUUUUGCAUUUAAUUCAGUGUGUGUCACUCGAAUAUUGUUCCACGUUUGUGUGUGCAUUACAUUUGAAAUUACAAUCGCAUUGCAUCGCAUUAACAACAUCGAGACAACAAAAAGAACCGAAAUAACUGCACUUAGCCAGCAAAUGGAAACAACACAAUAAUUGCCGAUCUUAAUCAACAACAAUUCAAUCCAAUUUCAUUCGUGGUACUUCAGAUAAGUGUAAUUUCUUUGUGUCUACAGUCGCAGUAAGUGCUUGGCCAUAAAAUCAAGUGAAAAAGUUAAAUCCACCGAAUAAAUAUUACUAUUAUUGAAUCGAAACCAGAAGUCUGUGCAAUAAAAUUCUAUAUUGAGCAAACAAUUUGAAACGAAAAACAAAAACCAAUGUGAUUUAAUAUUUUUGUAAAUAACUUGAAGAUUCAGAUUCAUAUUUCAAAGGAAAUCAAAUCAAAUAGCGACAGUUUAUAAGCCGAUGAUCCAAGUUACCGGUCUUAUGUACAAAAAUACAAUCCCAUGUAAAAUAAUAACAAAUCAUCGUCAAAACAGUUGAAUAAAAUAAAAUCAGUGUCAUUCAAUCGAAAAGGCUGGAACAUUUUCUAAAAAUAAAAAUAAUAGUCAAUUCAAUCAGGCCAUUGUGUAAAUUGAUUUCAACAAUUCAAAAAUAAGUGCAAAAUAAAAGUGCGUAUAUAUCAGAUAACUUCAAGAGACAAAUAAUGUUUAAAUUUUUUGCGAAUUCAUCCACAAAAUACAUAAUAAAAUAACAUUUAAAUUGAUCGAUCAAGUGAUAUAUUAAAGAGCAAGACAAACAAAAAUAUUUGGGGAAAACAGCAGCAAAAAUAACAAUUCCGAAAGAAAUUUUAUCGAUUUGACGGUGUGUCCGGAAAUUCAGUUUGCAUUGCGAUUAUCAAUUACUUCGUUACUAGACAGUUCGAUCCAAAUUGAACUGGGUGUGUUUGUUGGGAAAUUGGUAGCAGCGAGUGAAACAGUGGUAUUUCUAUUUUUUUGAUUUACUUGAAAACUUUAGUGAAUUUAAUGUGUAAGCCACAAGUGUUUUAUUACAAAAAUUGUGUUGUGUUAUUUUAUCGAAAACCUCGUUACACACAUUAUUGUUCCGUUUGGAAUAUCUUAUUGGGUACAGUUUAUCAAACGUGCAAAAUUUGAAGUAUUCGCGAUUUGGUGCGCUUCACACUUAGCAACGAAAAUCUAUAUAUUUCGUUUCAGUUGUUUCAAUUUUCGUUCCAUUCAAAUUUUCGAACCACCACCACCACAACAACAACAACAACAACCAGAAAAAGAAGAAGAAGAAAUUAAUAAAACCGAACAAAAAAAGAAAGAAGAGAGACAUAGUCGAACGAAGUGGAGAGUGGAAAGUGUUUAUUUUUUUGCGGUGCGAAUGAUAGAUAUUUUCAUAUUGUUGUUGUUCAUAUUAAUUAAUUUGUGCAUGUGGGUGAGUGAGAAGAGGACGGCAUAUAAAAUAAACAACAAAAUUUUAAAAAGCAAACUAGCACACAGUCAGAUAGAACGUGCGAGAAAGUCGUUUAGAAUAAAAUCGAUUUAUAACAUUUCACCUGCACAUCAUUUGCCAAUCGCAUUUCGAAAAGUUCAACAUUUUAUUUAUCGAACUCGCACGGAAUCGAUAGCAACAAAGCAGCCAAACAACCAAGUGCGAGAAGAGAGAAGAAGAAAAAAAAACCACACACAACAGGAUACCAUAAACAACAGUCAGCAGCAAAUCCAGAAUUCAAACGUGUCUAGUUUGCUGUUACGCCAUCACAAUAUAUCUAUCUAUAAGAGAGACCUUCAGACAUUCAGCGACUUGUUGAGCUUGCGUCAAUUGCUCACCCCAUACACAUAUCGUCGAGCAGAAAGCAGCACGGCUCUAUUCUUUUAUUUGCUUCCAAACGUCUUGUGUGCGCUCCCCAUUGCCGUGUAAAGGAAGAGAGAAAAAAAAACUAAACGAACAUUCAACAUUCCGUUUCAUCGCAUAUCGAAGCGAGAAGCACAGCAGAGAAGUGUUCGACGUCCCGUCGAAAGUGAUUUUCAGUUCCUUUGGAGAGCAUCAUUAGCAGUAGCAGCCGCCACCGCCACCGACACCGCCAUGGAACCAAUGUGGGAACAAAACAAUCAUAUCGCGCAUCAAGUCAAGUACGAGAGUGAUGCAGCGUUGCCUGGAUUUUCGUACUGUGGAGACAAUGGUUUAAAUUUUUCCACGAAUAGCGCUAAUUACAGCGAAGAUGAUGCCGAUUUUGCUCCGGGCCGAAGAAAUAAACCGUCUCGUCAAGAUCCAUUGUCGCAUCGCAUUAUUGAAAAACGUCGACGUGAUCGAAUGAACUCUUGUUUGGCCGAUUUGUCACGUUUAAUUCCGCCACAAUUCCAACGCAAAGGUCGUGGUCGUAUCGAAAAAACGGAAAUCAUUGAAAUGUCAAUAAGAUACAUGAAACAAUUGCAAAAUCAGGAAUGUUUGCACAAAGAAAAUGUCUAUCGAAUGGGUUACGAUGAAUGUUUACAGCAAGCGGCCAAUUUUUUGUACAACACACAUCGUGAAAUAUGCUUUCAACUAAUGGAUCAUCUGAAAGAGCAUUCCAAUGAUUUUAUGAAAGCCGACUUUUGCAAAUUGCGCAGCAACAAUGCCGAUUCAGUGAGUGCAUCGAGUGGCAGCCCACCAACAAAUGUAUACCAUAAUUCAGCACCAAUGAAUCAGCUACGGAAUAUGCUUUUAACGGAUAUGGAGCACAGCAACAGCAACGAUCACAAUGAUGUGAAAGAUUUGAGUUUUCGUUCGAAUCAACCACAACAGGCGGCUGUUAUAACAUCAACAGCACCACCAAUUGUGCAUUUGGAUUCAAGUAAUCAUGAUUUUGAUUCGUCACGUGCAUCAUCGGUUCAUGCCGAUACAGAAGUAUCAAAUGAGAAAACCGAUGGCACAACCAUUCAGUCGGUACGUGUACGCAAAUUGUCCGAAUCAUCGCAUCCAGAUCAUGAACAUCAUAACAACUAUAAAUUCAAGAAUUAUAUUCAACAGCGAUUUUCACAGGACAAUAACAGUCAUCAUGAUGAUCAUAAUGAUGAUACGACGGCCAUUAAUUUGAUACAUGAAAAUGGGCAAACCAUUGAAAAGGGCUCAUCAAUGGAACAUGAAACAGCCACACCACAUGCUAAACGAACCAAAUUUUAUGAUUUUGCUGAAUGCAGUAGUUGCGACGAAACAAAACCAACCACCAACGGUAUCACCGAAUUCAAAUCGGAACCGCUUACAAAUGGUUAUCAAAUGUUUCCAAAGCCGAAUGCCGCCAAUAAUACAACAUCCCGUUUUCCACAUAAUCCAGUUCCAAUAUUUGCAUUACAUUCGCAAGGUCGGCACUAUGUACCGCUUGCCGUUGAUUAUGAUACACUUGUACCGUACUUAGAUGGUUUCGAUUUAGUUGGAAAAAAUUGCACUCAAAUGCCACCGUGCCAUUCAGUCUCCAUUUCAGUCAAUUUCUCACCACCAAACCGAACGAAAUUGACAAAUGUCGUAUGUAAUAAUAAUCGUACCAAGAAUGAUAGUUUGGUAUGUAAUGGCUGGUAAAAAAAAUAACGAAUAAAUCAAAAUUUCAAAAAAUUGAUUUACAAAAAAAAAACCAACACACACAACAUAAAACUAAAGAAAAACAGCUAAACAUUUUAUAACAAUCCAAAAAUCAGAAAUUAAGUAGGUGUAUACAGGGUUUCGAACUAUGUGACACAGACACAUUUACAUAUAUAAACACUCGCUGAACACAAUUCCAUCACAUUUUAAUUGAUAUGCAUGUUUCCGUUUUGUACAUGAUCGUCACUUAUUUGAGAGUGUGGUGAAUUUUUCAAGCACCUUUCAUUCAUAAUCAAAAUGAAAUCGAUGCUCAAAAUACAUGUUACUCACAUUAAUUUUAUAAGGUUCUCAAUAUUCAGCGGGUGAACAAUAAAUACAGAAAAACAAAAAAACAAACCGAAUCCUACCAAUUAUACGUCAAUCAAAAUAAGUGGAUGCACAAAUCACAAAAAAAAGAAAAAAAAAAAACAUCAACUAUGAAAAAA